AUGUGGAGCCCCUCACUGUCUCCAGUACUGGGGGCAGCCCGAGCCCAUACCACAGAGGCUACCAGGACAACCAGAGGUGGCCACCUGCAGUGGAAGCCCCGCUGCCAGCAGUCCUUGCCCAAUGGAGCACCUGUCACUGCAAUCCUACCUCCACACCUUGACGGGCCCUGGAUCUCCACUGGCUGCGAGGUGCGCCCAGGACCAGAGUUCCUCACCCGUUUCUACACCUUCUACCCCAACCGCCUCUUCCGAGCCUACCAAUUCUACUAUGGGGACCCUUUCUGCCAGGAACCUGCCCACUCGCUGCUCAUCAAGGGCAAAAUCCGCCUGCGCCGGGCCUCCUGGGUCACCCAAGGUGCCACUGAGGCUGACUACCACCUGCACAAGGUGGGCAUCGUCUUCCACAGCCGCCAUGCCCUGCUCGAUGUCAGCGGGCGUCUCAACCUGACCCAGGCUGGCCAGGACUGCGCCCAGCGUCUGCCCCCGGCCCGGGCCUGGCUGCCUGGGGCGCUGUAUGAGCUGCUGAGUGCCCAGGCCCAGGGGGACUGCAUGGCAGCACUGGGCUUCACCAUGCAUGAGCUAAGCCUGGUCCGUGUGCAGCGCCACCUGCAGCCCCAGCCCAGGGCUGCACCAUGGCUGGUGGAGGAGCUGUACCUGGGGGACAUCCACACCGACCAGGCAGAGAGGCGACACUACCGGCCCACCGGCUACCAGCGCCCAUUGCAGAGCGCCCUG